AGGGAGAGAGAGCAGGAGAGGGAGAGAGAGGGAGAGAGAGAGAGAGUUAGUUACUGGGCUGUCAGGGCUGUGUCGCCUCAGUGUCAGAGAGGAACCUCGCCGCUCGGAGCAGAACCCCGCGCUGAGGCCGGAGGACCCGUUUCGGCUGCGCGGCCCCCCGAGAGAAGAGAGGUGCCCCAGCCGAGCGCCGCCGAGCCCUAGGAUCCCCCCCUCCCGCCCCGCGGAGCGGCACUCCACUCUUCCUUCAUCCCCCCCUUUCCUUCCCUCUCUUCCCGCUCUCUCCCGGACUCCCGAGGCGGAAGGCGGAUUGGGGGGGUCUCCCCUGGUUUUUCGGGGUCAGGUUAAGGGAGCCUCUCUGUGUGGCGGCCGCAGGGGGAAGCAGGUGGGAGGAGCCUCAGGACCCACCCUCCCCCCCCCCAGUGGAGCCUCGGAGUGAAGAAGAGGAAGAAGGGUCUGGCAGCCCUGUCUGGACUGGAAAAGAAGAGACACACGCUCCUGGACCUCCAGCACCUCGCCCAAGUUUUUCCUGCCGUGCGUUCGUCUGCUGUGUCAGCCCUGCCAGGACCGCCUUCUGGAGAGCCCUGCUGUGACCUUACUGGAGUCUCCUCUGCGCCUCCACUGUGUGUGUGUGUGUGUGUGUCCCACAGAGAGUGUGUGCGCUGAGAACGCGCUGACUUGCUCCCUGUGCUGAGCACCGAGUGUGUGUGUGUGUGUGUGUGUGUGUGUACACACGUGUGUGCGCACGCGCUCCCCCGGCCAGCCCCCCGGAUCCGACCGUCGCCCGGUAACCACGGGGCUCGAAGAUGCCGGCCAUCCUGGUGGCCUCCAAGAUGAAGUCGGGACUCCCCAAACCCGUACACAGCGCCCUGCCCAUCCCGCAGGCGCCCGCUCCGCCCCGCUCCCUCAAACCGCCCCCCUCCAGGAUCGCCUGCUCCGGCCACGCGCCCCUCAAGCACCCCCACCAUGGGCCGGGGAGCCACGGGGACGGGGCGCCCCGAAAGAUGAUCGACCCCACGGAGAGCGGAGGGGACGCCCAGAUCUACACGGAUUGGGCCAACCAUUAUCUGGCGAAAUCUGGCCACAAGCGCCUGAUCAAGGACCUGCAGCAAGACGUCGCGGACGGAGUGCUGCUGGCCGAAAUCAUACAGGUUAUAGCCAGUGAGAAGAUUGCGGAUAUCAAUGGGUGCCCAAAGAGCCGGUCUCAGAUGAUUGAAAACAUCGACGCCUGCCUCAGCUUCCUGGCCGCCAAAGGCGUCAACGUGCAGGGCCUGUCCGCGGAAGAAAUCCGGAAUGGGAAUCUGAAGGCCAUCCUGGGUCUGUUCUUCAGCCUGUCCCGGUACAAGCAGCAGCAACAGGCCCAAAAACUCUCCCACCAGACCGCCGCCCCCAGCCAGGCCGGGACGCCCUCGCACGGGACCCCCGUCCAGACGCAGGGCCCGCCCCACGCCCCCCCGGCACACAUGCAGAAAGCACAAGCGGAGAUGCAGUCCAGGCUACCGGGCCCGACCGCGAGGAUGUCGGCUGCAGGCAGCGACUGCAAGCCUCGCGCGUCUACCAGCGCCGGUAACAGACGGAGCCAGAGCUUCAACAACAUCGACAAGUCCAAACCCGCCCCCACCCCAGUCAGCGCACACGACAGAGAGCCGUCGGAGGGCGACAGCACAGCGACCUGCGGGAUGACGGAGCGCGCCCAGUCCCCGGGCCCCGCCGGCGCCCCCGCCACCAGCAGCGGCGCCUCCUCCAUCCCCACCUCCUCCUCCUCCUCGGCCAUCCCCCAGCCCGGCUCCGCCGGCAAGCCCUGGAGGAGCAAGUCCCUCGUCAAGCACAGCGGUUCGUCCGCCGCGCUGUCCAUCAAGCAGCAGGACCCGCCCACUCAGCAGCAGCAGCAGCAGGCGGCCCCGCCCGUCGAAGCCCUCCCUAAGCCGGCCCCCGCGCCGCAGAAGUCCAUGCUGGAGAAGUUCCGGCUCUUCAACAGCAAAGGGGGGUCCAAGUCCUCGGGCGGGGGGACCCCGACGGACGGCACCGCCGCCCCCGCGCCCCCCGGGGGGAAGGAGAGGGCGGAGGCCGGGUCCAACACGGAGCCCCUGGAGGAGAUGGAGGGGAACGCCCGGCCCCUCAACGGCACCAGCAGCCCCAAGAUGGCCCUGCGGGGCAUCGCCCAGCGCACCUUCAGCCGCGCGCUUACCGCCAAGAAGAGCUCGCCCAAGUCCGCCGAGAAGGACAAGGACAAGCCCAAGGAGAAGGACAGGGCCAAGGAGAAGGACAAGGACAAGGACAGGGCCAAGGAGAAGGACAGGGACAAGGACAGGGCCAAGGAAGGCUCCAAGCGCCUGUCCGUCAACUCCGUGAAAGGGGCGGAGCCCAGGGAGGAGCCCAAGGAGGAGCCCGCCCCCGCUAAGGAGGCGGAGCCGAAGAAGACCUCCAAGAUCGCCAGCUUCAUCCCCAAAGGGGGCAAAGCGGGCAGUGCCAAAAAGGAGGGCCCGGCCCCCGCCCACAGCGGCAUACCGAAGCCCGGGUCCAAGGCCCCGGGGCCGGGGAAGGGCUCAGCGGCGCCCCCCGCUGGGAAGGACGGGGAGAGGCCGCGCAGCGCGAGGCUGGGCGGGGGGCCGGGCCUUGGCCUGGGACUGGGCCUGGGCCUGGGCCUGGGCCUGCUCAAGGGUCAGCCGGACGGCAGGAGCUCCGGCUCCUCCUCCUCCAGCCUGGCCUCCUCCUCCGAGGGCAAGGCCCAGCAGCAGGCCAACGGCGCCGCCCCGGUGGCCGCCGCCGGCGGCGGCAACACCACCAGCGUCCAGCUACCUCAGCCGCAGCAGCAGUACAGCCACCCCAACACCGCCACCGUCGCCCCCUUCAUGUACAGGUCACAGACGGACGUGGACGGGACCCUGAUGUCCGAGUCGGGGCCCGCGGGGGGGAGCGGGGACCCCGCCCCCGUCAGCAAACCCACGCAGGCCUCCGCCGAGGAUCUGGCAGGUGAGGACCCCGAAGCCAGGCGGCUGCGGACGGUGAAGAACAUCGCAGACCUUCGGCAGAACCUGGAAGAGACCAUGUCCAGCCUGAGGGGGACCCAGCUCUCACACAGCACCCUGGAGACGACCUUUGACAACAGCGUCACCACGGAGAUAAGCGGCCGCAGCAUCCUCAGCCUGACCUCGCGCUCCGCGGCGCUGUCGUGGCGACUGGGCCAGUCCAGCCCCCGGCUGCAGGCGGGCGACGCCCCCUCCACGGGCAACGGCUACCCGCCGCGGGCCAACGCCAGCCGCUACAUCUACUCCGGCCCCCUGCGGAGGCAGCUGGUCGCCCGCGGCAGCGCCAUCAGCGGGGCGGAGCUGGGCGACAAGGCGGACGACCUGGACCUGGAGAGCAUCGCCAUGGACGCGCCCGGUUACAUGAGCGACGGCGACGUGCUGAGCAAGAACGUCCGGACCGACGACGUCACCAGCGGCUACAUGACGGACGGGGGGCUGAGCGUGUACGCGCGGCGGCUCAACCGGCUGCCCGACGGGAUGGCCGUCGUCCGGGAGACGCUCCAGCGCAACGCCUCCACGGGCCAGGGGGACGCCGACAGGAAGCAUCAGAGGCCGUCUCCGGCAGCUUUCGGUCGCGUUCCUUCCUUAGCGAAGGGGCGGCUACUGUUGCCGUGCCUGGAGCGCGUCGACAACCGCGCCUUCGUCCCGUACGCCCCGGCCGGGGCGGCGCACCCGCGCGUCGUUACCGCCGCUCGAAAAACAAAUCGUGGUCGUCACCAGGCGCCCGGGAAAGCCCGGCAUGAAAAUGAGGCUUGUUUCUCUGAUCCCCAGACGGACGCGGAGAAGCACUCGGCGGCGGAGCGCGGCUCGGCCUGGUCGGGCGACGAGGUGAAGCGGUCGGACGGCGGCUCGGACAGCGGCGUCCGGACGGAGCCGGGCUCGCGAUGGCGGAGGAACCCGUCGGACGUCUCGGACGAGUCGGACAAGAGCGCCUCGGGCCCCCCCCGCCGCGCCCCCGCCGCCUCCCACACGGGCUCCUGGAGGCGGGGCGCGACGGCCCAGGUGGGCGCCUCCGCGCCCCGCGCCAAGGUGCCCGUCGCCGCGGGAACCGGCGCGCUCAAGACCCACGGGGCAGGGAAAACGGACGACGCCAAGGUGUGUGAGAAGGGCCGUCUCUCGCCCAAGCCCCCCGGCGUCCAGCGCUCCCCCUCGGACGCGGGGCGGAGCAGCGGGGACGAGGCCAAGAAGCCCCCCCCCAGCGCGCCCCGCGCCCCCACCAGCACCUUCGGCUUCAAGAAGCAGCCGGUCGCCACGACGACCUUCAGCGCCGGCGGGACCGCCGUCGUCGCCGGCGGCUCGGCCACCCUGGGCAAGGUGCCCAGGUCGGCCGGCGGGCGGCCCGGCGGCCGCAAGGCCAGCAUGGACGCCCAGGACGACGGCUGCCUCCUCCCCGCCAUCGCCCGCGGCAACCUGCAGUACCGCAGCCUGCCGCGGCCCAGCCGCUCGGGCGGGGCCCGCUACGGCGGCGGCGGCAACCGCUCGUCCACCAGCAGCAUCGAGUCCGGCCUCGGCGGCAAGCCGACCGCCCUCCUCCCCCCGCCGCCCAAGGCCCGCGAGCCGGCCCCCGGCAGGGCCGCCGCCGUCGCCGCGCCCAACCAGACCGACCGCGAGAAGGGCGUGUCCUCGGACGCGGAGGGCGGCGGCCAGGCCAAGGCCGGGGGGGCCGCCGCUGUCGCCGCCCCGCAGGGCGGGAGGCAGCAGGGGGCCAAGUACCCCGACGUGUCGUCCCCCUCUCUACGCAGGCUCUUCGGGGUCAAGCCCGGCAAGCAGGCCCCGGUCACCACCGCGGAGAGCACGAAGAACUCCACGGUCAUCUCCAACCCCCACGCCACCAUGGGCCAGCAGGGGGCGCCGGACUCGCCCUCGGGCGAGCCCUCCCACUCCCCGCCGGCCUCCAGCCCCGGCUCGGCCUACUCGGCGCCCUCCAACAGCCUGACGUGGGGCACCACCCUCAGCACGUCCUCCGCCCUCAGCAAGGAGGGCGCGGCCUUCCCCUCCGUCAGCAGCCUGCACACCAGCUGCGAGUCCAUCGACGUUUCCAUGAGCAGCGGCGGGCCCGGUUGCCACGGCGCCAGCAGGGACGACCCCACCCCCCCCGCCUCCGCCUCCGCCUUCGCCAGGACGGGCAGCGUCAGGACGGGCAUGUCGGAGAGUCCCCUCUCUUCCCCUUCCGCCAGUCCCAAAUUCGCCCGAAACACGUUACCACGGAAACAGGACAGCGACCUUCGUCUCGAUCGCAACACCCUGCCCAAGAAGGGAUUCAGGUACGCCCCCCUGCCCCACCUGCGCAGCCACGAGGAGGCCAAGGAGUGGCUCCGCUCCCACUCGGCGGGGGGCCUGCAGGAUUCGGCCAGCAACUCGCCCUUCUCCCCCGGGUCCAGCCUCACCUCUCCCUCCUCCGGGACGCGCUUCAACUUCGGCCAGCUCGGCAGCCCCACCACGGCCGCUCAGAUCAACCUGGCCAGCCUGCGCUCCAACAGCCUGUCCAAUCAGGACGGCCCGUACGACGCCUACGGCGAGCCCCGCCUCCGCAACUCCUCCAUGUCGCUGGACGACAAGGGCCGCGCCAUGAGCCGCUCCGGCUCCUUCCGGGACGGGUUCGAGGAGGUUCACGGGUCAUCGCUCUCCCUCGUGUCCAGCACCUCCUCCGUCUACUCAACGCCUGAAGAGAAGUCCCAGUCAGAGAUCCGGAAGCUCAGGAGGGAGUUGGACUCCUCCCAGGAGAAGGUGUCGGCGCUGACCACUCAGCUCAGCUCUAACGCUCACCUGGUUGCCGCCUUCGAGCAGAGUCUGGGAAACAUGACCAUCCGGCUCCAGAGCCUCACCAUGACGGCGGAACAGAAGGACUCUGAGCUGAACGAGCUGAGGAAGACCAUCGAGUUCCUGAAGAAGCAGAACGUGGCAGCGCAGGCGGCCAUCAACGGUGUGAUCAACACCCCGGAGCUGACCUGUAAAGCCUCGGGCACGGGCCCGCAGCCGCAGCCGGACCUGCGCAUACGCAGGCAGCACUCCUCGGACAGCGUGUCCAGCAUCGCCAGCGCCACCAGCCACUCCAGCGUGGGCAGCAGCCUGGACCAGGACGCCAAGAACAAGAAGAGGAGGAAGAACUGGUUGAGGAGUUCCUUCAAGCAGGCGUUCGGCAAGAAGAAGUCUCCCAAGUCGGCGUCGUCGCACUCGGACAUCGAGGAGAUGACUGACUCCUCCCUCCCCUCCUCCCCCAGGCUCCCCCACAACGGCUCUACCUCCUCCACGCCCAUGCUGAGGAACUCCCAAUCCAACUCCCUGCUCUCGGAGUGCGCGGACAGCGAGGCGGAGACCGUCAUGCAGCUGCGCAGCGAGCUGCGGGAGAAGGAGAUGAAGCUGACGGACAUCCGGCUGGAGGCCCUGAGCUCCGCCCACCAGCUGGACCAGCUGCGCGAGGCCAUGAACCGCAUGCAGGCUGAGAUCGAGAAGCUGAAAGCGGAGAACGACCGCCUGAAGUCUGAGACCCAGGGCAGCCGCAGCAGGCCCCCCUCCCAGGUGUCCCUGUCCCCCUCCCCAAACCCAGGCAUCACCCUGUCCCAGCACGGCCUUAACCUGACCGAGUCCACCAGCCUGGAUGUGCUGCUGGACAGUAGUGGAGAGGGCACCAUACACAAAGACGGCCGGCACGUCAAGAUUGUGGUCACCCUGGAGGAGGACCUCAAGCGCAGAGAGGAGUGUAGGCCUCGUCACUUCCUGAUUGGCUGCAUCGGCGUCAGCGGCAAGACCAAGUGGGACGUCCUGGACGGCGUGGUCAGGCGCCUCUUCAAGGAGUACGUCAUCCAGGUGGACCCGGCCGCCCAGCUGGGCCUGAGCUCGGACAGCGUGGUGGGGUACAGCAUCGGGGACGUCCGCCGCUCGGCCGGCGCCCAGACGCCCGAGCUGCUGCCCUGCGGCUACCUGGUGGGGGAGAACGACACCAUCUCCGUCUCUCUGAAAGGCGUGUCAGAGCACAGCCAGGACAGCCUGGUGUUCGAGACGCUGAUCCCCAAGCCCGUGCUGCAGCGCUACGUCUCCCUGCUCCUGGAGCACCGCCGCCUCAUCCUGUCGGGCCCCAGCGGCACCGGCAAGUCCUACCUGGCCGCCCGGCUGGCCGAGCACGCCGUGCGGCGGGAGGGCCGCCCGCUGGCCGACGGCGCCAUCGCCACCUUCAACGUGGACCACAAGUCCAGCAAGGAGUUGAGGCAGUACCUGUCUAACCUGGCUGACCAGUGCAGCAGCGAGAGCCAGGCGAUGGACAUGCCCCUGGUGGUCAUCCUGGACAACCUGCACCACGUGGGCUCCCUGGGGGAGAUCUUCAACGGCCUGCUCAACUGCAAGUACCACCGCUGCCCCAUCAUCAUCGGCACCAUGAAUCAGGCCACAUCGUCAUCGCCAAACCUGCAGCUCCACCACAACUUCAGGUGGGUGCUGUGCGCCAAUCACACGGAGCCGGUGAGGGGCUUCCUGGGCCGCUUCCUGCGGCGGAAGCUGAUGGAGGCGGAGAUCGGCGGACGGGCGCGGAACGCCGAGCUGGCCAAGGUCAUCGAGUGGAUCCCGCGCGUCUGGCACCACCUCAACCGCUUCCUGGAGGCGCACAGCUCCUCCGACGUCACCAUCGGGCCACGCCUCUUCCUGUCCUGCCCUAUGGACGUGGACGGCUCGCGGGUGUGGUUCACGGACCUGUGGAACUACUCCAUCAUUCCCUACAUGCUGGAGGCGGUCCGAGAGGGCCUGCAGCUGUACGGCAGAAGGGCACCCUGGGAGGACCCGGCCCGGUGGGUGAUGGACACGUACCCGUGGGCGGCCAGCCCCCAGCAGCACGAGUGGCCCCCGCUGCUGCACCUGCGGCCCGAGGACGUGGGCUUCGACGGCUACUCCGCCCCCCGCGAGGGUUCCCUCAGCAAGCAGGCCCCCCAGGGAGAGGCCGAGGGGGACCCGCUGAUGAACAUGCUCAUGAGGCUCCAGGAAGCGGCCAACUGCUCCAGCCCACAGAGCUACGACAGCGACUCCAACAGCAACAGUCACCAGGACGACAUCCUGGACUCCUCGCUGGAGUCCACGCUGUGAUCCCACCCUCUCGUUUUUACCCCUCCUUCUCCACCCACCCCCCCCCACCCCCUUUUUGCUCUAAAAUCAAGAACAAGCGCUAAAAAGGCUGGGCUCUGUCCGAUUGACAGCCCAACAAAGCCAAUCCCUCGUGGGUGCGGGUAGCCCAGAGGAUAAUUUUUUUCCUUUUUUGUUUUAAACUUCCUGUUUUGUUUUUUUUUUUGAAACGAAAAGCAAACAGACUGCACUACUCUAUUCUUACAUGGUGUCUGUGAACAGCUGUCGCCGUGGCGCCCGGCCUCAGCAUACGGGAGAGCCCACAGCACUUCAGAAAACUGCGGAACCGCACACUGUGCCACGCCUCGCCCGUCCGGCUCGCUGGAAGAACCGCUUGCCCGCGCUACUGUGACCGAACGCCCGCCCUGGCACAGGCUCGACCCUCCCCCACCCCCCCGCACGUCUGACCCGCACUGCUCCGGGACAGGCCGGCUCUGUCCCCCGGGAGCAGACCGCUACACACGGACGUGGGUUCCCUGAGAGGCCUGCGGGUCACUGGCCGAGGUCGCGUUGAAGCUUUAAGAGGUGUCUAGUGCAUGAAGACGCUCUACGGUGCCCUGCUCCUCUGUGUCUGAGGAGGAAUUUGUGAUCUCAAAUAACUGAGCGGGACAUUUUGCCUUCUUUUCCCAUGGCGGAGUUUACUUGGGGUUUACUGGGCGGUUUUGGGGGAGUGCGUGUGUAUUUGUGUGUGUGUGCGCGUGUGAGUGUGUGUGUGUGUGUGUGUGUGUGUGUGUCGGGGGGGUGGUAGGGACUUGUCCACCAACAAGCCAGGCCAGGUGUGUUCACAGACGUUCACAGCUGAGAAUGUAAAAUGCUGUGAAAUUGUAGGAAACGCAGCCACCGCUAACAGCCGCAUCUGUUCCAGACGCGGUGUUAAAAUGCUCACGUUUUCUGCCCCCGACAGCACCGCACAGCAGUGGGUGCUUUCGCAACGCAUGUGGCAGUUUCUUAAUGUACCUCUCUAGACAUUGCAAAUGAUUAUGCAUUCAAAUGAUGUGGAAUCCAAUCCUCCCGGGUGACAUUUCACAGUCAGAGAGCACAACAUCACUCAGAUAGCAUGACAUCACUCAGGCAGCAAACAUCACUCAGAUAGCAAGACAUCACUCAGACAGCACAACAUCACUCAGAUAGCAUGACAUCACUCAGGCAGCAAACAUCACUCAGAUAGCAAGACAUCACUCAGACAGCACAACAUCACUCAGGCAGCACAACAUUGUUCAAAAUCACUAAGCACAACAUCACUCAGAUAGCAUAACAUCACUCAGACAGCACAACAUUGUUCAAAAUCACUCAGCACAACAUCAUUCAGAUAGCACAUCAUCACAAAUGAUUAUGCAUUAGAAUAAUGUGGAAUCCAGUCCUCUUGGGUGACAUUUCACAGUCAGGCAGCAAACAUCACUCAGAUAGCACAACGUUACUCAGAUAGCACAACAUCACUCAGGCAGCAAACAUCACUCAGACAGAACAUCAUUCAGAUAGCACAACAUCACUCAACAUCACUCAUACAGCACAACAUCCCUCAGAUAGCACAACAUCAAUCAGAUAACAUCACUCGGAUCACUCAACAUCACUUAGCACGACAUCACUCAGAUAGCACAUCAUCACAAAUGAUUAUGCAUUAGAAUAAUGUGGAAUCCAGUCCUCUUGGGUGACAUUCCACAGUCAGGCAGCAAACAUCACUCAGGUAGCACAACACCACUCAGAUUGCAUGACAUCACUCAGCGAGCACAACAUCACUCAGAUAGCACAACAUCACUGAAGUGCUGCUUCUCGCUUGGCUAAUCGGUAGCAGCUUCUCCCACUGCUUUUUGCCGCCUUACAUCAGUGCUACAUGCUAUCCAGCCUAAAUAGCCUAGCCUACAGCUACGCUAACAGACUAGGAAUGCAGUAACGGCCAUGCUGAUAGUAUAUGAAUGUCAUAGAGAUCCUGUUAAGUCAUAGUUGCUGCCACUACUGUUAACAGUCUUAAAGUGAAACUUCAUCCUAAAAUCUUUUAUCCAUACUUUAGUCUGCCCACCUUUAAUAUGGUCGAUAAAUUUCCACAUCUACAACAUGGCAACCUUCUCUAUGGAGUUCUGUUGGAUGAAGCACCCCACCCCCCACCCCUGGUCGGGGCAGGGUAGUGAAACUAAAUGCGAUUAUUCUGUCACUUGGCCCCUCCAUGCCAGGGCUGGUAUAUAGGAAAUUGUAAAUUGUCCUGUGUGACAGUUUUCAUGAAACUGUGAGGGUUUCGCACUAUGUAGGCCAAAAACUUUUUUUACAUUUUUUUAUGGCUGAUUUGUUUGUGUAGCAAGAACACAAGUGUUCACGCUUCUCCCAUUACUUCAGGUACGGUUCUGUCUCCUACUGACGUAGCACAUCUCCGCCACUGUAGCACAGACACACACACACACACACACACACACACAGCAGCAGCAGCAGCAGCAGCAGCAGCAGAAUUCGUCUGCGUGCUUCUCCGUCAGCGUCACACAGGCUGUGGCGAACACGUUUUUGGUGCUGAACUUGAAAACGAUGCCUUACUUCUUUUUUGUAACGACCGCGCCGACGAGCCUCACUGCCGCCCUCCUCUGUUCCGUGUCACGGGCGGGGCACAGGGCUGUCGCGUCACCCCCCCCCCGGAUUCGGGGCGCCGUGACGUUCCUCUGCGUAUCGAGCGCUAGCGGCGGGUACGCCGUGCGCUAACGCGCUACGCAAAGUCCUUUCGGGUUUUUCGGGGAAAAAUCCGCGUAGUUUCUUUGCGGCUAGUUCGUUAAAACGGCUUGUUUCCGGGAGUUCGGGCUGUCGGCAAAGUUUCAGAGCUGACUCUGGACACCACGGGAAAUGUGUAUGUUUGCAGACGAAAGCCAGCCCUGAGAGAGAGAAAGAGAACAGGUUUGGCUCUGUGCUCACGCAUUGCCCGCUUACACAACGUACUGUACAGAUCUGAGAAGACGGUGGGAGAAAAGGCCUAGCUGGUAAUGCCUAGGUUUUUCCUGAUACCUCGUGCGCCUUGAAACUUUAUACCAUCGUCCUGCUUUCGUGUUUUUUGUUUAUUUUCCAAGAAUCGUGACAGAACUGUACUUUCGGCUGCAUGAAAUGUGACAAACGUGUAUUUGCUGCUCCGUUUUAAGUAAGUUUACUUAAAAUGUUGGGUGGGAUGGGAAUGGGGUUAGGGGAGGGUGGGGUGGUGGUGGGUGGGGGGGGGGGGGGCGGGGGGGGGGGGGGGGGGGAAGCCACGUACUUCAUUUCAUUGUGUUUCCCUCCCCCCCGUCGUCGUACACCGAAAUUGGGUUUCUUUAAGGAAAAUGAUUAUGGCAAAGAAACACUUUAGGGAAUCUCUCAACUCCAAGAGGCUCUGAAAGGGUCAGAGCAGCACCGAGGGCUUUGAAGGCAAGGCUGCCACGUCUGCAGCUCUCUGCAGAGCAUUAGCGUCGGGGGCCAUUUGCAUUAAGUGUAAAUGGAAUUCCCAAAAUUGCUUAACUUGAGCUCUGCUCCCCUUUCGAAACCCCCGCAAGAUUGCGUUCUCAGACCUGCUCUCGUUAGUGUGACGCAUGGCUUCAGUUGUUCUUCUCACAAAGCUUCCAUUGCCCAUCGAUGUUUGGAACUGUUCAUUUUGAGUGUUCUUAGUUACCAAUUCUAUGCAACAUUCAUCUUGAAUUUUAAAUGGAAGCCAAAUAGUUUCCUAGUGUUUUCAGUACUGCCAAGAAUUGUACAGUGAGUAAAGAGAUAUGUGAAUAAUUUUGGGGUUUGUAUUUUAUCUAGCAUUUUAUGUACAUCUGUUUUUUUUUGAUGCAAGCACAAAUAAGUUAUAUGUUUGCUUGUUAGGCCACUUGAACGUGAACAUUUUACCAGCAGAAGUUCGGAUGUUGAAAGUUGCUGGAAAUUUUCUGUUGAAUCUAUUUGUUUAAAAGUGGAACCGUCCAUUAAUGAAUGUGUACUUUAUUAUGUACAUUUUUCUUUGUAAAAUAAUGUAAAUAUUUGAUUACAGUGCUGCAUUUUGAUGAAGUUUUUCUAGCCAUUUUUAAAACUGAACUAGAAAAUGAGUAUUUUGUGUACAGUUUGCGCUCAUCUACACAGAACUUUCAAGUUUGUCAUUACCAGUCUGUCAGAGAUCAUGACUCUUGAGAAUAAAUCUGAUCGCUGUACCAGUCUUAAAUUAUUCAUGAUUUAAUAAAAAUGAAUGCUUAUUUAUUAA